UUACCGCCAAGAUCGGCUCCUCGAAUAGGCCGCUGCGCAGUCGAUCUCGCUCCUCUGGGCGCGAGGCGUUUUUAUGUACACCUUGGGUUUAUGUGCAUCUUCUUAUCAACCCUUCAGAUGAGAUUGAUUGCUAACGUCCCUUCAUAUAGCCACGUGCCUCUCAACUCCCGAUAACUCCAAUGACGCGCACCGUUAUGCGUACAGAGUGGCUGCGCAAGUGGAGUAUACAGACAAAGCCUGGGCGGUGGCCUUGGCGGCUGUGAUUGCACUACGAAAGAAGGCAUUCACGGUCUAAGCUUGGCGGUUUAUUUACGGCGGUACAGCGAAGCUAUCUGCAGAGGUGGAGGUCAUUUCGUGAGGCAUAUAAGGCCUGCGUUGCCCAACAAGGCUGAUCGUCAUCGCUCCAUCAGUUCCUCCGGCCAUCCAACACAAUCUCAACAGCCCUCAAGAUGCUCUUUCAAUCAUUGUUUAUCGUUGCCCCUUUUGUGGCAUCCGUGCUUGGAUGCCCACAGCACACCAACAACAAACGCGCCACAGAGCCAGGCUCCAAUAGCACCAAAAGCGAUUGGGCCUACGAAGCCUCGUUCAACUGGGGCAAACUCAACCCUAACUAUGCCCGCUGCCAAAUGGGAACCCAGCAGUCCCCCAUAGCUCUAUCCCUCAGCAACGGCCUCUCGCUCAACCAUGUGCCCAAGUUCAACUUCAAUGGAUCCAUUGAAGGAAACUUCUACAACUGGGGUUACGGCCCCGCAUUUACCGUUGCACAUGACAGCGACUGGACCACCCACCCAAGUGUUACCUACGACGACACCACUGUCUACAUGAAGGGGUGGCACAUACACUCUCCAGCCGAUCACUCCGUGGGAGGCGUACGCAGCAAAGCAGAACUACACAUGGUCAUGGUCGACGCAACAGGCCACGAAAAGGCCGUCAUGGCAGUGCGCCUGGACCCCGGUAACGCCAACAACACGUUCUUCGAGCAGUUGCCGAAGAUGAUCAACUUCAACGAUAUGAACACGAAUGUGCCCGCGACCCUGGAUUUCGAGCCGGCCCUGGCCAGCGUGCUGUUUUUCAAUGAGUUCUGGACGUAUCAGGGCAGCUUGACGAGCCCGCCGUGUUCAGAGGGCAUUCGGUGGUUCAUGGCGAGGCAGAUUUUGUUCACGGGCGUCGAGCAGAUGCAGGCUAUUCUCGGAGCGAGCACGUACUCGGCGAGAGCUGAGCAGGAGGUUUGGCAACAUCGCAUUAACCAGUAAUGGUAUACUCACUAACUGAAUUUUACUGUGGGUGUGUUGAGAAGAAGGCUGAUUGUUCAUGUACAUACUUGGAAUUUCAGUACCAAUAAAGGUAGAGGAUUUGUAGAUAUAGUGUAGUGUAAUUGAGAAAGUAAGAAGAGGUUUUGCU